CACGCAUCGCCACGAGACUUUGAUGUAAAAUUUGGGACGAAAUGGCCGACGUUCGAGAAAUUUCAGAGAACACAAUUGGGAACAAUGUGACACUCGUUCAGGGAGACUUCAAUACUAUCAAUACCGGUCCCUCAGAUUCGAAUGAUUCUUUUCUCAAUAAAAUCAGCAAAACGGACCCAUCUUACGACAAAAAGCGAAUUCUAGAAUUGAAGGGUCCCUUGUUACACGACUCAUUUAAGUGGAUUCUCGACCACGAAGGCUUUAAGAAAUGGCGCCAUACAGAAGAGAGCAGUGUACUUUGGAUUAAAGGCGACCCUGGAAAAGGCAAGACAAUGCUCCUCUGCGGCAUUAUCGAAGACUUGAAAAAGACUCCCGGCGAAAAUAUCAAUCUUGGCUACUUUUUCUGUCAAGCCACGGACUCUAGGAUCAAUUCUGCUUCCUCGGUUGUAGCAGGCUUGAUCUUCUCCCUCGUCAAGCAAAACCCGACAAUUCUUUUGCCUAUUUGCAAGCGACAUGAAGAUAAGCUAAGUCAACUUGAUGGACCCAAUGCGUGGGCUGUUUUAGGUGAUAUAUUCGAAGCAGCUACCCAGGUUGGAGGCAUACCAGCCCCUAUCUGUGUUGUUGACGCUCUUGAUGAGUGCGAGCACGACUGCAAGCUGCUCCUGAGUCUCAUUCUCAAAACAAGCAAUCACGUAAAGUGGCUGCUUUCAAGUCGAAAUGUCAAAGAUAUCGAACGAGGACUACGGUUAAUUGAACCCGCCCGGAGGCUCAGCUUGGAGCUUAAAGAGAACGCCGAAAACGUCUCCAAAUCUGUUGACGUUUACAUCAACAAUUCCAUUUCGGAUAUCGAAGCGCUAGAAGACGAUGAGGGACUUCAAAUCAAAACAAUCACAACCCUUAAAGACAAAGCAAAUGGCACAUUUUUAUGGGUAGCCCUUGUUAUUGAACAAUUGCGGGACACAGACCAUCGAAACGUUGAAGAAGUAUUGGAAGAAGUACCAGAAGGUCUAGAAAAUCUCUAUAAUCUGAUCUUACGGCGAGUCAACACAAAGCUAAGGCAAAAGGAUCGAGAGGCCUGUCAAAUCUUGCUCUCCAUUGUUACCACCGCUGAGAGGCCCCUCCAUCUUGAAGAACUCCAGACAUUUAUAAGUUCUCAGUGGGCACAUUAUAAAUCGUCUUACAAUAUACUUGAUAUAAAGGACAUUGUUAGAGAUUGUGGAUCUCUCUUAGCUAUAAGGGACGACAUUAUAUAUUUCAUCCACCAGUCCGUCAAAGAUUACAUGGUAGGGAAUGCCUACAAUAGCAUUUUCCCUUCAGGAAUCCAAUAUCAGCACCAAAAAAUGUUUGAAACUUCGAUGAGUGCGAUGUAUCGCAUUCUUAAGUACGACAUUUAUGAUCUUAAAGAUCCUCAAAGGCGUAUGAAGGAUAUCACUUCGCCGCAUCCCGAUCCCUUGGUACCCAUAGCAUACAGCUGCGUAUUUUGGGUCGAGCAUUUGAUUCGUGGAUACGAUUAUGGGGGAUUUAAGACUGAGGAUUGCUUUAAAGACGACGGACUGCUCCAAAAGUUUCUCAAAACCAAGUACCUAUGCUGGUUAGAAGCCUUGGCUCUCUUGCGCAGUCUUACACCCGAAGGAGGAUCUGCUCUGCAAAGACUUAAUAAGCUAGCAGCGAGCUAUUACAAAAGCAAAGCAAUUAAACAUCAAGUCACAAACUCACAAGAAGAAGAAGAGACGAACUACUUCAUGAAGUUUAUUAACGAUGCUUAUCGAUUCUUUCAUUAUUGUCAAAGUUUUGUGAAGAAAUGGCCGCUGCAGCUAUACUAUUCAGCCAUUGUCUUCGAGGACAAGUACAGUGCAAUCUACAAGACAUAUCGACAAUCUAUACAAACCCACUUUGGGGAUUUUUUCACCUUCAUAAAAAAGCCACAAAGACGGUAUUCUCUACAACGUAACAUCGAUAUAAGAGGUCCCGUUGCCAAGUUGCUUUAUUCCCCGGACUCCUCCACGUUAUGUGUGUUAUUUAAGAACUUGGGUGGCAUCUCGCUAUACAGAAUCGAUAACGUGGGACAUGCAAUUGAAUUGGGCGUGGAUCGGAAACAUCCUCAUUAUGUCUCCUUUCUGCCCAAUUCUAGCUAUUUGAUCUCAGUCUCUUCCACUGGCAUCGUGCAAACGUGGGCCAUCGAUAGCGGGACCCUAGUACAGCAGCUUUCUUUAAACCUUGAUGUGAGCAGAUCGCACGCUGACUAUCCAUCCGAGGUUUUCCGGGAGAAGGUGAUUAGUCUAUCACCGCAUGGAGAUUUGGCAGCAUCGAUCUUUUGUACAUCACACCAAUUCUCACCGCAUGGAGAUUGGGCAGCACACCGAUUCUCAAGGAAAUACUUGAGCUCGAUGAAAAUCUGGACGACAAAAACCGGUGCUUGCGCGGGUGAGAUAGACCUGAUGCAUAUACCCAGCUACAACUCGUUGUACGCUUUUGCAUCCAAUUCAGCGCUGAUAGCUUUGACGCACAAGUCUGAUGUUAGAAUCUACUCUGUUCAGACAGGGGAAAUGGUGAAACAUAUUCGCACUUACGGAUCAAUAGAGGACUCGAAAUUUUCGCAAGACGCAGCACUGUUGGCUUCAGCACAUGAGAAUUCUGGGAUUCGCCUCUGGUGUACUAAAAGGUGGACAAUGAUACGCGAGAUUAAAAUUUACGGUCUUAUAAAUCACUUCGACUUGUCCCUCGAUGCGUCGAUGUUUGUGGCAACCUCAGGGCGGAUUUUGGCCUUGGGAAGCACCAGAACAGGAGAACAGCUACUCAAAACUGCCACCGGGGAUAAGACAACAAAUGUCUCUUUUUCUCCUGAUUGGUCAACUUCCUCGCUUCUCGCAUCUGCCAGUUCCAAUGCAGUUCAAAUAUGGCGGGUUGAUACCAGAUAUUCCUCUGCUGAAAUGAGGAGUGCUGCCUACUCUGCAAAGUCUGUAGCUAUAUCGCCAGGAUCAAAAUAUGUGGCAGCUCGAAGUUUCGAAGGGCACAUCAACAUAUGGAGUGGAAAGAACGGCGAGUGUAUCCAAGAGCUUAAAAAAAGUGAUUCUCACUGGGGUCGCCCCGUUUUCUCGCCCAACUUGGAAUUUGUUGCCUGUGCUGAAGGCGAUCGGGCUGAUGUCCAGAUCUGGCACCUUACCACUGGGGAGCCUCUUCACCUGCUUGAAAGUCAUAGUGGGCGUCGUGAGAUGGAUAAGAUGCUCUUUUCAGACGAUUCAAAAUACCUGGUUACAGUUUAUGACAAUAAUGAGACAAGGGUCUGGUGCGCGGAAUCUGGCAGAUGCUUGUUUAAAAGUGACAAAAACAACGAUGACGGAAACUUCUGGAUCACCGCGUUGGCAAUUUCUCCCGAGUCAAAAUAUAUUGCUAGAGCUUCUGUGCGUGACGGGAUGAAGGCUUGGGAAGUGCGCAUCUGGGAUUGGCGAGGGUGCCACGACAUUUCUAGCUUUGACCAAGUGGAUCCCACGCCAAUGAGGUAUUUCCACAUCGAGAGCCUUGGUUUUUCGUCUGAUGCUACGAUUUUGGCAGUUAUUUGUCAAAUAGGCGUGACGAAAGUCACCCGUAGGUACGAGGCCCAGAUCUGGGAAGUCGCCACCGGUACUUGCCUAACGCGUGUUGCAGUUGGGGAGAGCUGCAGUGUGCCGUUGUUUGAUCCAACAACGAACAAAAUACUGACAGAUCGUGCUGCUUUCUGUAAAAGAUCCUCGUGGGAGCACUGGGAAGAAUUCUCAUGGCGGGCAUACUCGUUAUGCCAACGGUUUCCAGGGAAGGAUUGCGGUUGGAUUUGUUUUGGUGGAGAAAUGAUCUCCUUAAUUCCAGCAGAAUUUUCUCCAAAAUCUUUUUCUAAUGGGUAUGCGGCAAUGUCAUCUUCCAUAUUGGCAUAUACGACUCCUGCGGAUGAGAUAAUGAUUAUUCAACUUCCUAUCCAGCAUGAAUUACAGAGACUGGGAAUCAUUGCAUCGGAUUCCGACAAUAUCGGUGAUUCUAGCUAGCGGCGAACGCGCUGACAACUCGAACUCUGAAGUUGCUAGCUACCUGCCAAUGGGUAAAUCUGAUUCAGACGAACCCAAAAAUAAAAAACUAAAGUUGUCGUAUAUUUUGGAGUAACAAAGGCUUCUAGAACACAGUGGUGCCCAAAUUCAUAUAGGUGCCCAGGUGCUUUUAUUAAAUGAGAGUUAGCAUUCUCUGAACUAUCGGCAUCGACAGGUUAGUGCUGUAAAUGUGAGAUUGCUGUCAUCUUGACAAUGUUAUGUCUCGAUCUCUAUUGGCUGUACUUCACUGUAUGGGGGUUUCGAUCACUAGUUCGUUGGUAUAACUUGUAUAUGUCGAUUGAAUUGUUGAGAUAUAUCGAGAUCUUUAUCAAUUGGCUUAUGAUCUAUUAAAAUAAGC